GACAUUUUCUCUGUGAUGACAUAUUGUCCCAGAGAUUUGAAACCCUUUCGCGUGACCGUCAGUGACGUUACUGGGCUCGUGCUUCGGGAUCGCGAGCGUUUCAAAACCCCGCCUCGUUAAAUCCACCUGUUGCAGCACCUGGAGCAGAGCAGCAGUGCCGGGCUGCAGGACGACAGUAUGGCAGGUGUUCACUCUGGCGAGAGGAUGGCGGGAGUUUUCUCCUAUGAGAGUUCAGAAAUCGACUGGUGCGAAGACAACUACAGACACUCUGAGCAUGUGGUCGAGUCCUUCAACACGAUGAGCAGCUUCAUUUUCUUCAUUAUCUCUCCCAUCAUGCUCUACCUUCUGCACCCGUAUGCCAAAGAGAGGAGCUUGGCGAUCCACCUGGUGUGGGUCAUGAUGAUUUUUGUAGGGCUGUUCUCGGCGUACUUUCACAUGACUCUUAGUUUUGUCGGUCAGAUGUUGGACGAGCUCUCGAUCUUGUGGGUGUUGGCGGUCGGUUAUGCCGUCUGGUUCCCUCGCAGACUCUUCCCUUCUUUUAUAAAAGACAGAUCCACGUUUUCAAAGCUCGUCCUGGUGAUCACGGUCAUCAGCUCGGUGUCGUCAUUCGUCAAACCUACGGCCAACGCCUACGCGUUAAACUGCUUCGGCCUCCAUCUGCUUUACACUCUGAUUAUGGAGAUGAAAUGCUGCACUGACCAGAAGGCUCUGCGACUCGCCAAGCUGUCGGUCGCUCUGUGGGUGCUCGCCAUCUCCUGCUGGCUCAGUGACCGCUUUGGCUGCAGCUUCUGGCAGAGGAUCAACUUCUGCUACCUGCAUGGUUUUUGGCACAUUCUGAUUGUGAUAGCUGUAGCCUACGGAAGCACGCUGAUAGCCUACCUGGAUGCCAACUACGAGAUACCGUACUCGCUGCCUGGACUGCAGUACUGGCCCUGUGAUAAAUGGGCCGUUGGAUUACCUCACAUCGUCCUGAAAGGCAACCCCAAGACUGAGAAACGGUGCUGACGACAUAAAAAUCAAAUUUAACUCUGAAAGAACAUUUCUGUUAGUUUACUCAGCUGCUGCAAUCGUGAAAAAGAUCAAUACCUGCUUUUCGCCUUCUUACCAAAAGCACAUCACCACCAACGUUGUCAACCCCCCACCUCUCGCAAACCUGACUGACACAUAUUUUAACACUCGGGUUAACGCUGGACGGCAAAUAAACCUCGUCCGAUCCUGAAAGUGUAUUAUUUUAAACCAUGGCAGGAUUACUGAAUGUGUACAGCAUGCAAACGAAAUCAUCGAGGUUAGAAAUCCCUCAAAUCCAGAGUCAGACGGGGGUAAGAGGAGGGGGGUUUCCAAAGCUUCCUGAGCAUCAAAAAAGCACUUAGGACGAUCCUUACGUCCACUGCAAGGCAGUAUAACAAGAAAAGAUGGCACAUGUGUUUUGCUUUUGCUACUUUAAGCUUUUUAAAUUAGUUUAAUUUAUUUAAAACAUGAAAAUGAAACAAGACUUGGCUAUUGUUGUAAUAUACAACACCUCUGGAGGGCGCUGUAUACAGCACAGUGUAAAUACGUCAAUGCAACGAUUUAAAACCAAUAAAGUGUAAAGCAGUGUCAAUUUACAUAUUUAAUCAAGGUUAAAUAUGUUACUUACACUUAUGUAAAGUAUGAGUUUAUAGUCAUUUUCAUUG